UGUGAGAAAGUGAUACAACAAUUAAAUAUAUCUGCACAAUUUUAUUUUUUUAUAAAAAAAAUAAUUAUGGGUUCAAAUUCUAAAGAAAUGAACAUUGAUUUGAAUUUUGUUUAUGUACCCAAGUUAAUUUCAGAUGUUUUAACUGAAGUUUCUGCCAUGGAUGACAUCUCCAAGAAAUUAAAAAAGCUCAAUCAGUUUCUUGUUCCUUUAGAAGAAGAACUCAGAAAAAUCGAAGCUUUUAAACGUGAAUUGCCCAUGUGUAUGCUUCAUCUCAAACAUGCUAUUGAGAGAUUAAAGGCACAAGCUUUGCUGUAUAAGGAGAAAGAUAAAAGUCCUGUGAUGAUGGAGGAAUUCAUCCCACUGAAGAAGGGUAAUUCUGAUGAAAGUGGAAGGGUAAAAAAGUCAAAUGAUUUAACUGAUAAGAAAAAUUGGAUGAGCUCUGCUCAGCUAUGGAGCACUCCAGUUCAGUAUGAAAGCUUUAAUCUUCAAAACUUAAAAUGGAGUGGUGUAGAAGAGAAAGCCAAGGAGAAGCAAUACCAGUUAGGAGCAUGUAAAUUGACGAGUGAAAGAGGGGCAUUUUUGCCAUUUCAAAGACAAGCUUUGAAGGAAGACAAAAGAUGUUUGGCAGUGAAGGAUUUAUCUCUGUCAAUGGCAGUGACAGUGGGUGAAGGAGAAAACCGUCAAAAUCCAAUUGAUGUGAGUGUCAAAAGAGAGAACGGCCUAUCAAAUUCAAAUGGGUGUGAUGUUUUUUCACAUGACAAAUCACUACAGAGGAAACAGAGGCGUUGUUGGUCUCCAGAAUUGCAUCGCAGAUUUGUUGAUGCUCUUCAUCAACUUGGAGGUGCACAAGUGGCUACACCAAAACAGAUCAGAGAUAUCAUGCAAGUGGAUGGCCUGACCAAUGACGAAGUGAAAAGCCAUUUACAGAAAUAUAGACUGCAUGUGCGACGAGUCCCAGCAUCAGGUCGUUCAUGGUCUACUGUGGAUGAAACUGGGGAGUCUUCAAAGAAUAAUGGUACACAAUCUGGUUCUCCUGAAGGGCCUCUUCAUUUUACUGGUUCAGGUUCAGCCAAAGGGGUGUCUGUGAAUGAAGAAGAGGAUAAUAAAUCGGAAAGCUAUAAUUGGAAUGGACAGCUUCAAAAGAGCAUUGAAGGGUCAACUAUAAGAUCAAGUAGCCAUUAAUUUUGCAGCUACAGAAAUAGGACAGAAACAAAACAUAACAAAUAACUUCUCUCUGAAAAACAGGAAAUAGGGAAUCUGCUGAUAUUAACAUGUUUGUUUGUGAAAUUAACUUUGACAUCGUUGAUUUACAAUACAUUGUGAGUAGGACUAAUGAUUUGGAUAUAUAGUCUGAUACUAAUACAAGCUGGUAGGAACCAGUGAACCUACAGAGGGAAUAUCAAUUUUACAAACUAGUAUAUUGAAUAUUUAUCUACUUUUGGAAAUGCUUUUUUA